GUUCCCCGGUAAUGACGGUCACUAUUCCUGUCUGGAUCGACUGUGAUCCAGGACACGAUGACACCAUUGCCCUGCUUUUGGCGUCCUUCCAUCCGUGUUACAACUUGGUUGGUGUUUCGACAACGUAUGGCAAUGCCAGCUUGGAGAAUACCACCAACAACGCAUUGGCGAUGAUGACGGCCUUUGGAAGGACCGACGUCCCUGUGUACGUUGGUAGCUCCAAGCCAUUGGAAAAGGAGCCUCAUUAUGCCCCGGGAAUCCACGGUUCCAAUGGACUUGGUGGCAUAAGGAUCCCCCAGCCAGCUGGUGCGACUGUGAAUUCCGUUGGCGAUGAGGAAGCAAUGUUGGACGCGAUGUAUAGAGCUAUCUGUGAACAUGAAGGCCAAUUGGCGUUGUGUGCCGUUGGUCCACUGACUAACGUUGCCAAACUGAUUAAGAAGUACCCAGAAGCAAAGGCCAAGUUACACACGCUGAGUAUAAUGGGAGGAGGCAUCCAUGUGUAUAACGUUAACCCUAACGAGGCCGAGUUCAACAUCUAUGACGACCCUCAUGCUGCAAACAUUGUACUGGAGGACCCGGAGCUGAAGCCCAAAGUGGUUGUCUGUCCACUGGACGUUACGCAUAAGGUGCUGUGUGACGAUUCUGUCCAGAAGAAGAUCUUGAACGAACCAAACACCACUGCUUUUAGAACAAUGAUUUACGAUCUCAUCACCUUCUUCGCAAGCACCUACAAGGAGGCACAAGGCUUUGACAGAGGGCCUCCUAUCCACGACCCCGUGGCUGUCUACGUGUUGAUGCAAGUAUAUCACCUGCGUGACUGUGGUCUAAACUCCCAACAGCUGGAGAUACACGUUGACGAGCAUGGAGAGCACGAGGGUAAGAUGAUAUCGGCAGCAUGCGACGACACUGUCUCACGCGGUGGACCACGGGGAGUCUCAGUGGUGUUUGACAUUGACGUUAGACAAUUCUGGACAGACCUACUUGAGACCAUCACCAUUGCAGACGGUUGUAUAUCAGAACAGGCCAAUUAGAACCACGGAUGGUAAAUUCUUGCAUAGCAUCAACGUGCUCGCAAUGAUGGCCACUCAUCGGGUGAAAUUGUUGAGAAAUACAAGUAACGACACCUCAUGCUAGAAGAGUAAUGUUGAAUGUAGCAGUAAAAUAUACGGAUAUGCGGUCUGCGACUAGUUCAUGGCUAUGUGAUUGCCCA